CAAUGAUCCGCAUCUUCCUUGUCAUAGCACUUGCCUCCGUCGCUGUCUUUUCUGCUCCAAUUUCACGCUUACCACAAAGCUUAGACGACAUCCCAGCUGAGUUCAAGGAACUCAUCCCAGCUAAAGUUACUGAAUACCUUAAAUCCAUCACUACUGAGGAGAAAGCUGCUAUUAAGGAAUUUAUCAAAAGUGUUAUGGGAGGAAACAAAUCUGUUGAAGAAUUGAGUGCUGAUAUCAAGGAGCGGUCCCCAUCCCUGUACGCUAAGGUUGAAAAACUCGACGUCCUACUCCGCACAAAACUCGCGAAACUCGACCCCGCCGCUCUGGCUUUAUUCGGGAAAGUCAUCGCUCAGGGACUUUCUUUCCGGCAACAGUUCCAUGCCGGAUACCAGCCAACUCCUGAGAUGGUAAAGAAACUCUUCAAGGGAUACAUUGCUGAAUAUAAAACACUUUCUGAAAACGCCAAGGCCACCAUCACCGAUGAGUUCCCCAUCGUCGUUGAAUUCUUUCAACACGAGAAAAUUCAAGCCAUCAUCCAACAGAUCGUGAACUACUAAAUUGUUUUUUUUUCAAUUAUUUUACCAAAAUAAGCUUGUUGUCAUUUAAAAAUAAGUACCUUUGAAAUUAGGUGUUUUCAUGAAACAAGGUACACUAAGAAAAUUAUCUCCACAAAGUUUUUUACAUUUUGCAAUUUGCACUUCCUAUAAUUGCUUAAGUACUCCACUAAAAAACCAAUAACAAUUUAAAUGUUUAUUAAAUGUAUUUCGAAAUUUGAGAUUCAUAUGAAAUACAAACAAAUUGCAAAAAGUAGAAAACUGCGAAAAUUAUUUUCUUAUUAAACUUUGUUUUAUGAAAACACCAAGCGUUUAGAUACUUGGAAAUUCUAAUAAAAAAACCGACCCGCCUGA